AUGGCUUCCGUACAGCCUGCGGCGGCCCCGGGGCACUUCCCGGGUGCCAGCCUUCCGGCUAACUUGACGCAGCAACAGAUUAAGGACAUGUACGAUCGAUUUAAACAAUUGAAGGCGAACAACACUCCUCCCAACGAUCCGGAGCUCAUCAAGACCCAGCAAUUUCUCAUGGCUUUGCAGCAGCAAUCGCAGCUAAGGAAGCAGCAAGCACAGCUGCAGCAGCAGAUGCAACAGAAACAACAGCUGCAACAGCAACAACAACAACAGCAGCAGCAAGCCGCGGCUACCAAUGGAGGUGUAGCGGGCGGCCCUGCCGGGCAGAACAAUGGGCAGCCAGGUGUGCAGACAUCCCAGGCCCCUGGGUCGAACCUCGGCGCUUCCGCUCUGCCAUCCGCCUCCGGUGAUGGCCAAGCAGCGGUUGCCGCAUCUCCCGUUGGCCCUCCGCCUGGACAGUUCACUCCUGCUCAUCUGAAUCUGUUAAGGCAACAGAUUCAGGCAUUUAAGAUGUUGUCUAAGAACUUCGGCGUGCCCGUCAACCUGCAGCAGUCAAUCUUUCAGUCUCGCCAGAAGCGGCCGGCAUCUGUUGUUCAGCAGUCUUCUGCCACACCCACAUCUCAGGGCCCCAGGUCACAAACCCCAAGCAAAGCUGGGCCCAACGGUGUCGAGGCUGCUCAACCCGCAGAGGCUACUCCUGCGGCUCCAAAAGAGCCCAAGUUCAAGAGGCUGCAGCUCCCUGAGAAGAUGUUGCAGCAGACUGUCGGCCUCUUCGAACACGCACGGCACGACAGCCGGCUUUUCAUCCCUGGCCUGUUCCCCCACGGCAUUGACUUUGAUCAGUUGAGGGCAGACCGUGAGAAGAUUGUGUUCAACAGGAUGAGCACUCGAUAUAACGAGUUGAAGAGCCAACCCGGUAACCUGGCACACUGGGAUACUUCUCAAGACACACUCGCCGUUGAUGAUACUCUGAGACGGAAGGCCAUCAUCGAGAUGAAGUCGAUCGCGCUGUACUCAAAACAGAGAGCGUUGCGCGACAGGAUUGGUCGACAGAUGAUGUGCUAUGACAACCUCGCCAUGACGACAAACCGCAGUAUGUACCGACGCUUGAAGAAGCAGAACGUGCGGGAGGCGCGCAUUACGGAGAAGCUUGAGAAACAGCAGCGGGACGCCAGGGAGAACCGCGAGAAGAAGAAGCACAUUGACUACCUUCAUGCUGUUUUCAACCACCGAAAUGAGAUCCAGGUAACGGCCCAGGGCCAGCAGAAUAGGAUGGGCAAGAUGGGCAAGUUGAUGUACAACCAUCACUUCAACAUUGAGAAGGAAGAGCAGAAGCGCAUCGAGCGAAAUGCUAAGCAACGUCUGCAAGCGCUCAAGGCCAACGAUGAGGAGGCUUACCUCAAGCUUCUCGACCAGGCCAAGGACACGCGUAUUACCCAUCUUUUGCGCCAGACCGACGGCUUCUUGCAUCAACUCGCCUCUUCGGUUAAGGCCCAGCAGCGAGCUGCUGCAGAACGCUACGGUGGCGACGUCGUCCAGGAGGAAGAGAGCGAAGAGGAGGAGGAGGAGGAAGACGAGGAGAGCGGUGGCCGCAAGAUCGACUACUACGCUGUUGCCCAUCGCAUCAAGGAGGAGGUGACGGAGCAGGCAGACAUCCUCGUUGGCGGCAAGCUGAAGGAGUACCAGAUCAAGGGUCUCCAGUGGAUGAUCUCGCUUUACAACAACAACCUCAACGGCAUUCUCGCCGACGAAAUGGGGUUGGGAAAGACCAUCCAGACGAUCAGUCUGAUCACGUACCUCAUCGAGAGGAAGCAGCAGAUGGGCCCUUACCUUGUCAUCGUCCCCCUCAGCACGUUGACCAAUUGGAAUCUCGAAUUCGACAAGUGGGCCCCUUCGGUCUCCAAGGUUGUGUACAAGGGCCCGCCGAACACUCGCAAGGUGCAGCAGGACAAGAUCCGGCAGGGCAGGUUCCAGGUCCUGCUUACCACGUACGAGUACAUCAUCAAGGACCGCAACAUUCUUAGCAAGAUCAAGUGGUUCCACAUGAUCAUCGACGAAGGACAUCGCAUGAAGAACUCCAACUCUAAGCUGAGCGCCACCAUCCAGCAGUACUACUCGACCAGAUUCCGUCUCAUCCUGACGGGUACCCCUCUGCAGAACAACCUGUCUGAGCUGUGGGCAAUGCUGAACUUCACUCUACCCAACAUCUUCAAGUCUGCCAAGACUUUUGACGAGUGGUUCAACACUCCCUUCGCCAACACCGGAGGUCAAGAUAAGAUGGAGUUGACAGAAGAAGAGCAAAUUCUCGUUAUUCGUCGUUUGCACAAGGUCCUGCGUCCGUUCUUGCUUCGUCGUCUGAAGAAGGACGUCGAGAAGGACCUGCCCGACAAGACCGAGAAGGUCAUCAAGUGCAGAUUCUCAGCAUUGCAAUCCCGUCUCUACAAGCAAAUGGUCACGCACAAUAAGAUUGCUGUCAGCGACGGUAAGGGCGGCAAGAGCACUGCGAAGGGUCUGAGCAACAUGAUCAUGCAGCUCCGAAAGCUUUGCAAUCAUCCUUUUGUCUUUGGCGAGGUCGAGAACCAGAUGAACCCUGCCAACGUCAGCAACGAUCUGUUGUGGAGAUCUGCUGGCAAGUUUGAACUAUUGGACCGCAUCUUGCCAAAGUAUCAGGCUACAGGACAUCGUGUACUCAUGUUCUUCCAGAUGACGGCAAUCAUGGACAUCAUGGAGGAUUUCCUUCGCUGGCGUGGCAUCACCUACCUUCGCCUGGACGGAACGACCAAGUCAGACGAACGUUCCGAGCUGCUCCACGAGUUCAACCGGCCGGACUCCCCUUAUUUUAUGUUCUUGCUCUCGACGCGUGCUGGUGGUCUGGGUCUGAACCUUCAGACGGCAGAUACCGUCAUCAUCUACGAUUCUGACUGGAAUCCUCAUCAGGAUUUGCAGGCCCAAGAUCGUGCUCAUCGUAUCGGGCAGAAGAACGAGGUCCGCAUUCUUCGUCUCAUCAGCUCUAGUUCAGUGGAGGAGAAGAUUCUUGAGCGGGCCAGGUUCAAGCUCGACAUGGACGGCAAAGUCAUCCAGGCCGGUCGAUUCGACAACAAGUCCUCUGAGACUGACCGUGACGCCAUGCUCCGGACACUGCUUGAAUCUGCAGAUUUGGCAGAAAAUGGCGAGCAAGAGGAGAUGGACGACGAAGAACUGAACAUGAUCCUCGCACGGAGUGACGAUGAACUCGCGAGUUUCCAACAGAUUGAUGAAGUCAGGUCGAAAGACGCGCUCUACGGCACUGCGCCGGGCUGCAAGGGAGUACCUCGUCUGAUGACAGAAGCUGAGCUCCCAGACAUCUAUCUCAACGACGAAAACCCAGAUGCUCCCGAGGAGACCGAGAUUUCACUCGGCCGCGGUGCUCGUGAGAGGACCAAGGUCCGGUAUGACGAUGGCUUGACUGAAGAGCAGUGGCUCCUGGCCGUCGAUGACGACGACGACAGCCCAGAGGCUGCCGCGGCCAGAAAACAGGCCCGUAAAGAGCGGCGAGAGGCUAACCGCCUCAAGCGGAUGUCAGGUGUCAAUGGCUCCGAGGGAUCUCCGGCAGCUAGUCGCGCCAGUUCCGAGGAGCCAGAACCAGAAGUGGAGACGCCUGUGAAGAAGCGAGGCCGCAAGCCCGGCAUCAAGAUUGAGAAACGAAAGGCUGAAGACGGCGAGGACGAGCCCCCACCAGCCAAGAAGCGACGCGGCCCUCAAGGGCGGCCAAAGUCACUGGGUGCCGCCAACGGCGCGGACCUCAAAGUCAACCCUCAGCAACGGCAAGUGCUGCAACGGAGCCUGCGCCAUCUCUACGACAGCUUAAUGAAGCUUGAGGUCGAUGAUCCGGACCCAGAGCCUGAUGAGGACGAUAAGGACGAUGAGGACGACGGGCCGCCCAAGCGCUUGAUCAUUGGUCCCUUCAUCAAGCUGCCCCCAAAGAGGGACUGGGCAGACUACUACGUGAUCAUUCAGAACCCAAUCGCCAUGACGCAGAUCGAGAAGAAGAUCAAGAAGGAGGAGUACAAGAGCCUGGGCGACUUCCGCAAGGACGUCGAGCUCAUGUGCAGCAACUGCAGGCUGUUCAAUGACGACGGCAGCCUGAUCCACACGGACGCCACAACGAUUGAGACAUACUUCUUGGAAGAGUAUCAGAAGCAGCUGCAAGAGCACCCUGAGCUGAACGAGCUCGAGGACUCGUCGUCACAGAAGGACACGUCAGCUGCGCCGACCACGAACAGCACGCCGCAGCCGAGGAUCAAGCUGACCAACAACUCGGCAAGCAACACCAACGGGGCCAGCAGCGCUGCGCGGAGUGAGGACGGCGAUGAGUAA